UUUCUACAGAGCCAAAGAAAGAACGCAGAAAACGGAAGUUGGAUACGGUUAUGAAUGUCAAAUAGUAGCAUGGUGUGUUAUGUUUGUAGGUAACCCUGAAUAAAAAUGUUUGCCUACUGUUUAUUUCGGAUAGCACCGUCCACUCAGUGCAUAAAAAGCAAUGCUGGAGCGUUUUUGAGCAGAAUAAGCACAGUAAACAGGAUACAGACAUGUGGUUAUGCUAAGAAAGUUGCUUCCAAAGGGAAAGGUAAAGGCAUGAUAAAAGAAGAACUGAAAGGUCCAGAGGUGUGUAAAGACCCAGUCAGACUUGCAUCGUAUGCAGUCGGAGUUAACAUCUACAAACAAGGGGAUGACCCUAAAAUAAAGCCUCCAGAGGAAUAUCCUGAGUGGUUGUUCCAGUUGAACUUGGGAGAAGCCAAAAAGCUGCACGAGUUGGAACCCGACACCUGGCAGUACUGGAAGCGUCUGAGGAAGGAGAACAUGUGGCGCAACAACAAACUGCGCAAGGGGAAGAAGAUGUAGAACAUGGACUCUAUUGACCUGCAGCUUGUCUGUGUUUCAGGGACCUGCUUCGCACUCUGGAGUGAAUUACUAUAAAAGUGAUAUGACUCGUGUUCACAACUCAUGUCUAUAAUGAUAAGGACUAUUUGUCACAUGCCAUUUACUCACCAGGUUACCUGAAAUCAUGCUACAUGUGAACUGUAGUAAAAAUCUGAACAAAUGAGUGGAUUUUUUUUUCUCAGGUUGGUGCUGUUGAGGAAAGGCUCUACCCAACUGGACAAUGGAGUCCAGUUCGAUUAAAGACGUUCAGUACAAAAUAGUGAAAGGUUCUGUUGGAUAACAAAACUUCCGAUUUACUGCUAUAAUAAAAUCUGAGACAUAAAAAUGUAUCCUUUCAAUUCUGUAACUUGUUUUUUUGGUUUUCUUUUACAAAUCAUAUUGACUGCACCAUUCUGCCUGCGUCUCACUAAUUUGGCACCUCAUCGCAACAGAACGUUGCAAAUAUCCCAGAUAGUGGUAAAGUAGAUAAAUGUUGGCGUAUGGUAUUUGUUAGUCCUUGUAGCUAUACAAAAAAUAAAUUCCAGUUAAAAUACA